CAGGGAAAUAAGUGGUCAUGUGGCGUAUGGAUUGUUUUGCUGAACAGCUUAGCUAGCUGCAUAGCUAGCUAAAGUAGCUUAUCAUUAAAUGUUAUAAAGCAGCAUAUUUUAAAUACAUGUGAAUCUUAAACUUCCAGCAGAGUCAUGAAUGGGAGUACAAAUCCGCUCUUGGACAAAGAAGAACAUGUUUUGAAGCUCGGAGAGAGCUUUGAGAAGAGGCCAAAAUCGUCAUUUCACACCAUCAGAUGUUAGUAGCCAGACAAUAUUUUUAGUGAUUAAGUAUAAAUGUGUAAAUAUGUUAAGUUUAUUUUACUAUACCCAACUUUAGUCACGCCUUUUGGUAAGUUAGAUAAUGUUAGCUAACUAUCUUCGUCAGCUAGCUAACGUUAGCUAACAAUAUAGCUAGUUACUGUUAGUUAGCUAGCUUGAUUACAAAAAACUAAUGGGAAUCAGGUACGUUACGAGCAAAAAUAUUGUAAUCAGAUUACAAAUACUUUUGAAAAACUAAGUAGCGUAGCAAGGUGAUUACUUUUAAAUUCAGAAAGGAUGUUUGCGAAAAAAAUACAUUAACAUCUUUCUAUUUUCUCAAUGACAUUCAAUUGAGUACUGAAAAAAGGCGCAAGUUUAAGGUUGUUCCACCUGAGCGAGUCUGACCACAAAUCAGAGACCACUAUGAUGACACACCAAAUGCGUUUAAUGUGUCCUUUUUUACUUCUUCUAAUUCCUCUUAAGGGGAAAGUAAUCAGAUUACGUUACUGAGUUUGGGUAAUCCAAAAGUUAGGUUACUGAUUACAAUUUUGGACAGGUAACUAGUAUUUCUGACUUUAUAAUUACCUUUCUCACUCUUUCACACUUGUAGAUGAUUUCAAACCAGCUUCAAUUGACACAAGCUGCGAGGGAGAGUUGCAAGUCGGUAAAGGAGAGGAAGUCACCAUCACAUUACCUCACAUUCCAGUAAGAGUGGGUGUUUUUUAGUCAUUGUUACUCAGCUGUGGUCUUUUGCCUCUGCUGUACAAUGACAAAAGUUAAUUCUGAUAACUCCACUGCAGAAAGAUGAAAGCAAACUGUGUACUUGAUCAUGAUACUUGUUCUUGUGCUGUUCUUAGGGCUCUACACCACCCAUGACAGUAUUCAAAGGGAAUAAGCGGCCAUAUCAGAAAGACUGUGUUCUUAUCAUAAAUCAUGACACUGGGGAGUACAUGCUGGAGAAGUUGAGCAGCAGUAUCCAGGUCAAGAAAACCAGGUGAGGGGGUUAACCAAAACAUUGUCUCAAAAAUACAUAGUAACAAUUAACUUGUGAAUUAAGAAAUGUGUUUUGCAGAUCAUUUGUGACAGUAGAUGUGCAGCUGUUGACUUGGUUUUUCAGAGCGGAGGGCAGCAGUAAGAUCCAGGCCAGGAUUGAGCAGCAGUCGGUGCGUGCCACUGCCCCCCAGCCUCCAGCGCAGUUCCGUGCCCCCACUAAGCCUGGUGCAGGGGCCAAGACCUCCCCCUCCCCUUCCAAGGACAACCCCUCCCCUGAGCCCCAGCUAGAUGACAUCAAGAGAGGUGAGCCUCUUCAUGUUGCCACAACUUUUACCAUGUGAUCAUUCUUGUUUCUCGAUUGACUUUGACUGUGUACUGACUCUAUUGCCUCUGUCGCCCCCUCCUGUCCUGGCACAGAGCUGCGAGCGGAGGUGGAGGUUAUUGAACAGAUGAGUAGCAGUAGCGGCAGCAGCUCAUCUGACUCGGCCAGUGGCUCUGGUAGUGGGGACGACAGCUCCAGCAGUGAUGGGGAGCAUGACGCCCCUCAUCCCCAACCUGUCCCACUCCCUCUCCCCCACAUCCAGCCCUCCCCCAACCGUAACCCCAUGGCCAACGGAGGAGCAGACAGGCAACCGGGCAGCAACCAGCUGAUGAACACGCUCAGUGAGUACCAGGGCUGGUAGGGCCAGUGUAGCACUCUACUUUGGGGGGACUACUAAUAAUUUAUCUCUCGAUAGAGGUAUGUAGGUGGUGGUUGCAAUGUAGUAAUGUGUGUUGUUUGUGUGUCCACAGGGAAUGACCUCCAGUUGAGCGAGUCAGGCAGCGACAGUGAUGACUGAACUGCCUCCAGUCUCUCUCCUGCUCACUCUCUCUACCUCUCAUUAUCACACCAUCUUGCUCCCUUCUUUCUUCUCUUUGCCUGGUGCCAUUUUUUCAUUGCUGUGGUAACUGACCCAACUGUAAAACCUGGUUUUAUUGUAUUUUUUAAAUCUCUGAGAAGCCGGCCAACCUGGAGAUUUAAUAGUGUAUUUUUGAUUAGCUGUAUAUUUUGAUUUGUAUUAAGAAUAUAUAUAUAUUAGAAUGCAUAUACAUAUUUUCUGUAGUUAGAGCUCCUAGUUGUAUCAACUUGUAUCACAAGUCUUUGUUUUCUUGUUUCAUCACAGGGGGAGGGGCUUAUUUGGACUAUAUCACCCCCAGCCUCCCUAUUUAUCUGCAAAUCAAAAGAAGGCACUGAAAGCAUUUCACCCAUUCCAUGUUUUUAUCAGUAUCAUGACACUUUCAAAAUCAGUCUUUUAAGAGGCAAGGAUACAGCUCACAUUGAUCUAAGCUAUAGAUGAUACUAAAGGACAUACUCAUAUUUUUUUUACGUAGCAUCAGAUUCUAAAGUUUAAAUUUACCACUUACUAAAGGUUUUAGCUGGAAUAUUGACCUGUUCUGGUGAACAUCAGUAACAGGUAAUGGUAGUAAAUGAGCCUGGGUCAAUGCUUUACAUGUCAAAGCACUUUAGUUUAAUUGUAAUAUCACUUUCAGUAGUUUCCACCUAAAAUAUUUUGCAUUGCUUUUAACAGCACCUAACCAACACCCAGUACUUAGUUCACCAUACCCUUUAUCGCUGAUCUACUAUUUCCACAUCUAUCAUUUGACUUUCUGAUUCUGUCUCA